UGAAAAGAACAGUACAAUUGAAACAUACUCAAGCGAUGCCUUGAAACAGAAUGGAAUGAUUGUCCUAGCAAAAGAGAUCAAAACAGAUCAGAGCUGGUGCUCUCUUGAGCUCAGUGUGGCCUCCAGGGGCCAAGGAGGGCUUUGAAGGCCUGGCUUGGAGGCAAUGGGGAAGGGGGUCACUCUUGCUAGGAGCCUAUGCAGAGCUCCCUCCCUUGGACUCUCCAUCUCAUGGGAGAACGUCGGAAAGUGUGGUCCUUGUGGGGGCUGUGGAGAGGAAGAGGAGGAAGGCAGAAGCUGCUGCACCCAAAACCUGGCUGAAGUGAUGUCUGCAGGCCAGGCAGCCCAGGAAAAUGAGCCCCAGGCUACCAAAAUAGAUCCUGGGUCACCACAACAGUUCAGAAGACGAAUUGCCUCAGGAUCAGAAGGGAAGUGCCCCAGAUGCCAUGGAACACCGGGGUUCAGGAAUGGCCAAACGCUUGGCCACAUUCAUCUCAGGUCUGGUGGAGUGCAUGUGCUUCGCAGGUGUCAUCUUUGGAUGGGCAUCAUUGGUCUUUGUUCUCAAGGACUUGGGCUACUUCCAGGAUCUCUGUGUGUCAGUUGCCAAUCAAACAGCCAACCAAACAGACUGCAGUGCCCAAGAUGAACAGCUGUCCCUCAUCUUCACCAUUGGCUCCUUCAUGAACAAUUUUAUGACCUUCCCCACAGGCUACAUCUUUGAUCGCUUUGGCACCACAGUUGCACGCCUGCUUGCCAUAUCUUCCUACACUACUGGCACCCUCCUCAUUGCAUUUUCCACAGCAGCCACUGCAGUGAUGCUAUUUCCAGCACUAUCAUUUCUGUCUAUUGGUGGUAUCCUCCUUAUCCUCACCAAUAUGCAGGUUGGGAACCUAUUUGGAAAACAUCGCUCCACUGUCAUUACCCUCUACAAUGGGGCCUUUGACUCUUCCUCUGCUGUAUUUCUUGUCAUUAAGCUGCUGUAUGAGCAGGGCCUCUCGUUGAGAACCAUGUUCCUCUUCAUGUCAACCUGCAGUGCCUGGCACAUAGUUCGCACAUUCUUCCUGAUGCCCCGCCAUCAUAUUCCUUAUCCAUUGCCUCCAGGAUAUACGUAUGGGCUGAGCUGUCAGAGGAGGUCCCAGUCAUAUCGUACCUAUGAAGAAAAACGUUGUUCCAGGAGCCUGGAUGAUGAUGAAGCCCAGGACUCAAGAAAUCUUCAUCCUGAUUCAGCACUCAGUGAAGAACAUGCCACCCCAAAAGUGACUGCAAGCAAAGGUCAUACUGAAACAACAUCAGACUUCAAGGAGCCAGCUGCUGUUUCCUUCUGGAGCUGUGUCUUCUCUCAAUUGUUUUUCUGGCAUAUGAUAUGGCUGUCAGUGAUGCAGUUGCGCCACUAUCUCUUCAUUGGAACACUCAACCCUAUGCUGAUACAACUGGCUGAUAAAAAUGCCUCACUUGUGAGCCACUACACCAAUGCUUUUGCCUUCACUCAGUUAUGUGGAGUCCUCUGUGCCCCUUGGAAUGGACUUAUCCUUGACCGUCACAAACGUGGACAGAAAAAGGAAGGAUGCUCCCAGGAAGUACCAGAUUCACUUGCAGACUUGCGUUCCUGUGUGCUGUCAUUGGUCAUCACUGUGUUGCAGUGUAUUGCGUUCUCAGUUUGCGCCUCCAUUCCAGUGCUGCCUGUACAAUAUGCCACCUUCAUCCUGCAGGUUCUGAGCCGCUCCUUCCUCUAUGGUGGCAAUGCUGCCUUCUUGGCUAUUGCUUUCCCCCUGGAACACUUUGGGAAGCUAUAUGGUCUGAUAAUGGGACUCUCAGCUGUGGUGUCUCUCCUGCAGUAUCCCUUCUUUUCACUCAUCAAGGGCCUACUCAAAGAAGAUCCCUUUUAUGUGAAUAUUGGCCUCAUAGUCUUAAUGCUGCUGGCUUUGAUCAAUCCUUUCAUGGUGUGGCGAGAGUGCAGGAGGCGACAGGAGGAGCGGGAUGCAGCACACAGCACGACCACCCCAGCCUUGACUGCAGAGAAGCCUGGUCUGGAGUCUUCCAUUUGAGCCCUUUACUACAUAGACUUUGGAAACCUCCUAACAAAAAGGGAACUUUAAGAAGACGAAGAAGAAGAAGAGGACUUGUAAAGGGAAUAAAAAAGCAUACUGUGAGGAUAACCCUUGUGAGCUUUUCUCCCAGCAAAACCCUGCCCCCAAUCCCAAACUGUCAGCCAUGCUUCAUUGCCUUGGAACAUAUGGCUGAAGCAUAUAACUUUGGGUUGGAUUUUCACUUCUAUGUUUCAACAACCAGAUUUUUCAUAGCUCCUUCUUUAUAUAACAUUAUUUUUCUAGGCAUUAUAUUUGCAUUGUAUUCUUCUGAUAUGGAAGAAUUAAGAUGUAUUUUAGUUAUUUUUAUUUUGAUAUUUUGCAGAACUAUAUUUUGUGGGUCAUGUAAAAAUGCUAGUACCAGAGCUAGUUUAACAUUUUCUAGUUAGAAUGUUUAACAAGUCAGAAAAAUCUAACUUUUUGAAGUGGCAUUCUUCACAUUUCUAUUUUCUCACCACAUACAGUCUCGAAUUAAUUGAAAAACCACAUAUCCUCAUGGUUUUGGAUUUUUAAAGAUAUGUUCUGAUUUUAUUUUUUAAACAACCACAGUUUUUACUCAGUCCCACAGAAGAGGAAUAGAUAUUUAAAAAUGGAAGACAAAACCCAUAAGCCAUUAAAACACUUCAAUAAAAA